GUUACUGUUGUGUUUAUCAUAAAUGGCUUGCUUCAGUUUAAAUUAGAUUCGAGUUUUUUGGUAUUCGUUAAUAAUUAGUGGUAAUAAGAAUGAUGGUGUUUAGGAACUCAAUAUAAAAGGUUUACAUGAAUUAGUGCAACAGGCGAUUGUAAGUCGCAAAGGGCUCGUGUAAACACAGGAGAACGUUGUAAUUUUACAACAUGCCUACGGAUUCUGAAUGCGAGUGCGACCUGGUGUCGAAGGAGUGGUUGUUGGCGAAGUUACGCUCUGACGAGAGAGAUACUGUGCUGAUUGACUGUCGCGGUUCCAACGAAUAUGCAAUAUCCCACAUCCGCUCCGCAGUGAACUUUUCAAUACCGAGUAUAAUGCUGCGGCGCUUGGCCGCGGGCAAGAUCGAGCUCGUAUCAACUGUGCAGUGUAAAGAGCUUAAGGCGAGGAUCUCGCACUGUAGUACGCGGGGCAUCUUUGUGUUGUACGGGGAAGGAGUUCCGCGGGACCCCGACUCGGUGCAUGGAAUCCUGCUGCGGAGGCUAAAGCAAGAUGGCGUGCAGGUUGUCUGCCUUGAAGGCGACUUCGAAGAGUUCCGGCGCGCGUACCCCGAGUGGUGCAGCGAGGCGGGCGCGCAGCAUGUUCCACAUCUACCCCUAAUGGGACUGAGAUCGCUGCGCAUCUCAGGGUCGGGCUGCGAGGAGGCGCUGUCGUCGGGCUCGUCCUCGGAGUGCGAGGACGCGCACGGCCACGCGCCGCAGGACUUCCCCAUCGAGAUCCUGCCCAACCUGUACCUCGGCAACUCCACCAACAGCGAGGACUGCGACGCGCUCGCCAGGCAUAACAUUAAGUAUGUGCUGAACGUGACCCCAGACCUGCCCAACACCUUUGAAGCGGAGGGCUGCGGAAUCAAUUACUUGAAGAUACCCAUCGCUGAUCACUGGAGUCAAAACCUCUCCGUACAUUUUCCACAGGCCAUAAGAUUUAUUGAGGAGGCGAUGUCUGCGCGCUGCGGCGUGCUGGUGCACUGCGUGGCCGGCGUGUCGCGGUCCGUCACCGUCACGCUGGCCUACCUCAUGCAGCGCCACCGCCUGUGUCUGCGCGACGCCUUCGAGCUCGUGCGCUCGCGCAAGACCGACAUCGCGCCCAACUUCCACUUCAUGCGCCAGCUGCACUCCUUCGAGCGCGACCUGGGCCUGCACGAGCACAGCGCCAGUCUGAGUAAGGUGCUGCAGGCGCUGGGCGCGCCUGAGCCGGCGCCGGCCGCCGCCGCCUGCGCCUGCGCGCCGCACGGCGUGUCGCCCGACUCCGGCAUCGAGUUCGACCGCUGGAGCGCCGCCAGGGACACGCCGCAAUGACAGUUCUUCACGCCGCGCCAGCCCCACUGCGGCCCGCCGCCCCGGCCCGGCCCGUCGGGCCCGUUCCCGGACCCGGGCCCGCCAGGCCCGCCAGGCCCGCUGGGCCCGUCCGGCCCGUCGCCUGCCUGAGCACCGCCCCCGUACGUCCUUGUUUGAUAGCACGUUUCGUAACAUGUAUACUUGAUCGAGCACGCUGCGAACUUUCUCACCGUCGGUAGCGACAGUCGUAGUACGUCAGAGGAGCCCUGCGCCGCAGUGCCGGCUGUGGUUUUAUCUGUUAGUCUUAAGUGAAUCGGAUUAGUGUACAAUAUAUACUUUAUACAUAUUUUUAAGUCAAUUUUAUAAGUUCGACAUAAAUCUGGAUGUACGACUUGAGAUGCAUUCCCGAGUAUUCUUCCAUUAUGCUACGCAUUUUACGUCAGUUCAAUGUUAUUUAAAACUAGUGAGCGCAUUAUAAGUGUAUUUUUAUUUGGUUCUCAGGAAUUAUUGGACCGUUUAAUGAUUGUGUUGUCCAUGAAUGUUUAACCUCUGUGAGGGUUACGCGCCGUGAAGGAGGUGACUCCGUGUCACUAGUGCCACUCCAUACAAUCCCAAAAUGUAAUACAAGGUAUUAUUUGUUGAGAUUGGAUGUAUGAUUGUUCUAUUCAUAUUUUUAUUAAUAAGUCCAGUUUUUCAUAGAAAAUUGUAAUGACACGGGGCUUCUGAUAACUCUUCCAUUGUUGUUGAUAUAUGUAUAUUGUAUUAGUAUGAGAGUGAGUGCGCGAACGUGCGUGUGAUAUUAUUGUAUAGUUGUAACUAUUGGUCAUAUGAAUACUAUAUUUACAAUUUUUUAAUGCCACACUAGCGACCACUGCUGCUGCCGGUCGCCACGACCGGCCGAGGAAUUCCGCAAAUACAUAAACCUAUGUUUUAUACGGAAACAAAUAAGUAUUUCGGAUGAAUGACGAUUUCAAUUUAUUUUUGUAUUAGUUUACUGCAAUCAGUCUUAGAAUCGAAUAGCAGCAAUCAAACAACAAAUGUUGUACAUUAGUGGUCAAAAACAAUUAGUGUGGGAUCUAUUAAUAUAAUUCACACCUACUAUAACAGUUCGAUUAAUAAGGUCUUGAUAUGACUAUUUUUAUAUGGAAUAUAAUACACAGUGUAUGUACUCUAGCUAUAUAGGUGCAUAUAGAAUAUGCCAUAACAAUCAAACAUUAACUUUGCCGUUGAAACCCGAACUCGUUCAAAUUUUAUUUUUGUCGUAUUUUAAUUUCACGCUAUACUUAAUGGAUGAAGAACGUAUUGGCGUAUGAAGUGCCAUCAAAUCAAAAAUAUGUAUAUUCAAAAAAUGAUUUAUAUUGAUUACUAAGAGAGAGACCAAUUGCAAUAUUUUUUUUUGGAUUCACUUCAAAUUAGUUUGCUAAAAAAUAUAAUUUACGAGUUACCAUUUUUUAUGUGAGUAUCGCCUAAAUUAUUAGUUCAACUUUAAUGACAUUUUUUCAAUUUGAAUGACAUGCGAUGAAUACAAUGCAGUUUGUCGUGGAUUAACAAAAUAUUAAGUACCUAGUUAGUAAGCAGAUGUAACGAGUUCGGUGUUCAGCCGCAGCGUACAAAUCCUCCGCCUCGCAGCCGGGCAAAGACACUGAAUACGUGAUAUUUUUAUUUAAAUAUAUUGACGUUUCCAUUGGCAUUUAUCAUUUACUGACUUAAACUAUAAUUAUAUAUUUUUCUAUACGUUGCAUAGUUUCAUGAGUUUUAACAUAGUAUGUAAAUACAAGGCAAGCUUUAAUAUUAAGUAUGUUAAUUAUGAUUACGAGAAAGUAGAAAAAUUGUUACAAUGUAAAUUUGUUAUAGAUUAAGACUUAAUUGAGUUUAGCUUCCAUAACAAUGAAUGCCAAUUUAUUGAGUAGGUUUGGUUCUAAAACCAAAUUAUUAUUAGCUAUCAACUUUGUUACUUACUUUUGUAACAAAAGUGUUGAGAUCAUUUAUUUUUAGAUUUAUAUCUUCCACGAACGAACAUAUAGAUCACAAGUUUUAGCGACGUUGUAAUUUUAAGUCACAUUUCCAAAUUAGUAAGGUGGAAGAUUAUGCCAAAGUUCACUUCAUAUAAAAUUACGUCACAGAAAAUAAGGAAUUACAAAAUAUCCACCGUAACGAACUAAACUUGUUAAUUUAGUUAAAACAAUAUAAUUUUAGUUGUUUUGUACAAACCGCCUUUACAUUCUGAAUGUUUCUAAUUGCACUAUACAUUGUAAAGUUUUAUAUUUCUAGGUAUAACGUAAUAUUAUUAUUAGUGCACAAACUAAUGUCUGGUCCACGUUAACGAUGCCAUUGUGCGAGUCGAUCCGGAUGGAAACGUAAACAAAUGUAUAUAGAAUUGUAUCAUUUCUGUUAUGGUAUAAAACUCAUGUUAACUGAUGAAGAUGAUGUUGAUAAUGUUUUAGAAAAUCUUUUAGUGCUUUUUCCUAAAGGUACCUAAAGCCACAUGGCACACGUAAUAUUAACCUCAAAACAAAUAUAAACACUGUUAAUCUAUUAUAA